AACCAGCUUCAUCUAAUGGUUCUGGGUUUUGAUUUACAGGCUGGAGGGCCACCUGAGUGGCAAUUAAUUGGAGAGGGAUUGGAUUUCUUAGGAGGUUCCCUUUGUUGGCAACAAUCUGGUCACUGGGAUAGAGGUAGACAAGCUUUCCAAGGUCCUGGGACACAGCUGCUGCAUCUCAGCCCAGCUGGGUUGAACCCCAACUGCACAUCCCUUCCAGAGGCUGCAGUCAGUGACAGGGAAGGAAGGAUGUCCUGCAGGAACGUGCUGAUCACCGGCUGCUCCUCGGGGAUUGGGUUGGCCCUGGCCGUCCACCUGGCCAGAGAUGAGCUGAGGAGAUUCCGAGUUGUCGCCACUAUGCGGGACCUGGGCCGGCGUGGGGAGCUGGAGACACGGGCAGGGACGGCGCUGGGCCACACAUUGGAGAUCCGGCAGCUGGAUGUGGACUGUGAGGAGUCGGUGCGGCGCUGUGUGGAGGCCAUCCCCCAGCAGCGCGUGGAUGUGCUGGUGAGCAAUGCGGGGCGGGGGCUGGUGGGGCCGCUGGAGCUGCAGAGUGUGGAGGCUGCGAGGCGCCUGCUGGACACCAAUGUGUUGGGGCUGCUGCGACUCGUGCGUCAGGUGCUGCCCGACAUGAAGCGCCGGCGUAGUGGCCACGUCGUCGUCAUGAGCAGUGUCCUGGGCCUGCAAGGCCUCCUCUUCAAUGACCUCUACUGUGCCUCCAAGUUUGCGGUCGAGGGCUUCUGUGAGAGCCUGGCCUUGCAAGCCCUGAAAUUUGGGGUGCACAUCAGCCUGAUUGAGCCAGGGCCGGUGGCCACGGAGUUUGAGCGGAAGUUGUAUGAGGAGGCGGCCACCCUGGACUUGUCCGGCCUGGACCCUGAGACGCGGGAGCUCUUCCAGGGCUUCUACCUGCCCUACUCUCGGGAGGUUUUUGCCGCCCUGGCCCAGUCGCCGGCAGAGGUGGCCGAGCACACGGCUCGGGUGAUCACGUCAGAGUCGCCGCCGUUCCGGUCCCAGACCAACAGCCUGUAUGCGCCGCUGGCCACACUGAAGCACGCAGACACUAGCGGGCACUUGCCCCUUGCUGCCUUCCAGCGCCUCAUCUUCCAGCACGACCGGCUCUUCAAGGCCAGCCUCAGCCUGCUCAAGCUGCUGCAGUGGCGCAAGCGCCGGGACAUGGACCACACCAAGACCCCUUGAGCCCCAGCCUUCCCCCCCAUACAGCCACCUCCCCUCUAGGAUCCUCAGGAGGGCGUGAGGUGCCGGCUUUUUUGUGGGGCGGGAAUGGGGCAAGGGUGGGGAGUAGGGAUCUGGGUGGGGCUGUGAGUUGCCCCUGGGGGCUGACCCCACUCAGGGGAGGUUCAAUUUGUACUGUGGAUUAAAGCAGCAGGGAGACCUGCAUGGUGAAAGGCAGAGGAGAGGCGUCCUCUUGGGCUACAGAUGGUGGAACUUGGGUGUCCGGGCUCCCAGCCCCCCUGUGACACCCCAGACCCUACUCCCAGAGUUGGGUGAGAACCUAGGCAUCCAGGCCCCCAGCCCAUCCCUGCUCUGACUCCCCAGACCUCACCCCCUCCCAGGGCUGAGAGAGAACCCAGGUGUCUGGUUCCUAGGCCCCUGCUCUAACCACCCCCCCCGCCCCAACUCCCCGGAGCCAGGGGCAGAACCCAGGCAUUUACCGCCACUCCUAGAGCUGGCGAGAGAACCCCAGCUCCCAGCUGCCCCCCACAACUUGUUCCCACCCUGGUACAGAGCAGGACCUGCUAGAAGAUGCUGGUAAGAGAGCCCAGCAACUACCAUAUUUCUUGGCAUAGCAAUGCCCAACCUGUGGCCCAUAUGGGGGGUGCCUUAUCUUAGGAACAUUAAGGUUAUCCAGGAAGCAAGUUUGAGGAGGCGUUGCUGUCCCCAGGUUCACUCCCUCCUGCACUGGGAGGGGAAACUGAGGCGCACACAGAGUGGCAAAAUGACCUGACUAGACCUAUGCAACAAUGAGAAUUGCACCCCCAGCUGGCACCUGCGGCCCUAUCUCAUCCUCCCUCUACACUCUGGGAGGGGCUGGAGCUGAUCUGAGGU